AUGACCCCCGAACCCCCCACCCCCAUUCAGCCCUGCCUCACCUCUGGCGACCAUCCACUCUUUCGUGUGAAAUCCUCCGCCACUCCCGUCGAAGACCUGCUUUUCCUUUUUGGCGGUUUUGACGAAGACGAUGCGCUCGACUCCAACAUCUACCUCCUCGAUCUCACGACCGACCGCUGGACAACGCACCACGACACAGUUCCCCGUGAAGGUCACUCAUCGGUGUAUCACCAACCGUCCGGACAGAUCAUUGUGUUUGGUGGGGUACCAGACGAAGCUGUACAACGCGAACAGCUCAUGUUCUACGACCUCCGUGUAAACCAGUGGGUGGCCUCUCCGUCUAGCGUACACGAGCCGCGUCAGCGCGGGCGCCAUGCGGCAUGCCUAUCGGAGGACGGCACCAAGAUGUUCAUUAGCGGCGGGCUUGAUGACUCACUGCGUCCGUACGACGACUUGUACUGCUUCGACCUCGCGACGCGGCUCUGGCUGACCACAGGCCCACGUACGUUUAUCUCACGCUUUGACCACUUUAUGACGUGUAUGGGAAACAAGAUUUACUCCUUCGGUGGCCUUAACAGCGACAUGAACCACGUCAACGCGGUCAUCAGCUGGUUCGACCUUGAAACCAAUACCACAGGCGAGAUCCGCAUUCAGAAGGACAGUAUGGCCGGCGAUCACGUGUACCUCCUGUCAACCCCUGAGGUGGUUCUUGACGCGGUGAUUCCGCUCUGGACCGCGGGCGAACACCCCGAGCCGUGCAUCGGCUGCUACGAUCUAUCGCGCCUUCGCUACAACGUGCUCCUCCUGGGUGCCUUCACCCCGUUGAAGGACUUUCGUUGGCGCCACGUGUUCCGUCAUGGUGAGACCCUCUGUUUGCUCGGUUACCCCUUGGUUGAUACUGAGACUGAUGCCCGUCUCUCGCACAUCAUCCGCCUCAGCUUGUGCGACUUGGGCAUGCGCUACCCGUCAUUUGAGGAACCAGACCUCACGCUUGCGUCUGACUUCACCCAGUUCUUUGAUGAUGCCCAGUGGACCGACUUUGAGAUCACGGCAAUGGCGAAUGAUAGAGUGUCCGCACCGAUCCGCGCGCACCGCGCAAUCUUGCUCGCGCGCUGGCCGCACUUCCGCCGCGUGAUGGCCAGUGGUAUGCUGGAGGCUAACACUGGCAUGUUGCAUGUCCCGGAACCUGUCGAAUGGGUCCAUGGUCUCGUGCGGUACCUCUACACGAACCACAUCGGGUCGGAGGACCUGGUGGAUGUCAUUUCCGGAAUCUUGGUACUUGCCAAUGUCUAUGCCCUCGACCACCUCCGCUCCUUGUGUCUCGCCAAGAUGUACGACUACACGUACUCGUCGCGCUUCACGUUCGAUGACUACGUGCAGCUCUGGGAGCGUGCCAGCUUGUCAAACGAGCUUAUCUUAAAGCACAACGUACUCCAGGUGAUUCAGCUUAACUGGGGCAAAGUAGUGCGUUGUGCAGCGUUUGCCCACCUUGCGCGCGAGCUGCUUCUCGAGUUGACCCUUGAAGCGUCCGGCCACGAGUCGGUCAUUCUUUCCGCGUCGCACACCUUGUUGGAGAAGCAAGGUAUCACCAAAAUGUCCAGCACCUUGGCGUUCACGAGUGACGUCCCCAUGGAGCCUGUUACCAGAAGGAUGAUAGAUACAGUGCACAUUCCUGAGCAAUUGCUGGAGCCAAUUCAGUUUUCUAGCCCAUCCAGGUCGCCGUCUGCGGAAAUCACGUAUCUCACCCCGGUGCAGCGGAUGGACGUGGGUCGGGCGUCGCCGUUGAGCUCGGCUUCGUCGUUUCUCCACUAG